GCCCCACUACCUGAAUCAGCAGGAAACAAAAUGCCUUUUAAUGCAUAUGCUGUGAAUUCAAAUUUUUUCUAGUCCCCUUUUUCUGUUGGAUCAAAUACAAGCUGCUUCAACUUCUCAUUGAAAGGAAAUAUUUUCCAUUCUCUUCCUCAUCUUUCAUUCAUCACCAGGAUGUUGAACACUAGCUGCUAAAUUUUCAAGCAAGUCCCUUGGUAUUUUCGUGCUGCCUCUCUGAAGUAGAUGAGCUCUUUGAACACCUCUUCAGAUGCCUCUGAGAACAGUUCACAAGUAAUAAGCUGCUGGUAUGCAGCUGGAAUCUCCUUGGAGUAAAAGCCAGAUAAAGACAUGCACUGGAUAACGUCAUGAACCCAGAAAGUACAUGUCAGGAUUUGGAAAUGAACAUGCUUCUGAGGAUCCACACUGUCCAGGAGCUUUACCGGAGGGACAGAACAACCCCCAGGUGUGCCCCUACGGCCUGUACGCGGAACAGCUCUCGGGCUCUGCCUUCACCUGUCCCCGGCCCACCAACAGGAGAAGCUGGCUGUAUCGAAUCCUACCUUCAGUCUGCCACAAACCCUUCAAACCUCUUGAGGAGGGCCACUUGACACACGACUGGGAUGAAAUUGAGCCUGACCCCAACCAGCUGCGGUGGAAACCUUUUGAGAUUCCAAAAGCCCCUCAGAAUAAGAUGGACUUUGUGAGCGGACUGCACACCUUGUGUGGAGCUGGUGAGCCCAGAGGACGCAAUGGCAUCGCUGUCCAUAUUUUUGUCUGCAACACCUCCAUGACUGACAGAUGCCUUUAUAAUUCCGAUGGCGACUUCCUGAUUGUGCCCCAGCAAGGAAAACUGCUCAUCACAACUGAGUUUGGGAAGAUGCUAGUGGAGCCCAAUGAAAUCUGUGUCAUCCAGCAAGGAAUGCGUUUCAGUGUGGAGGUGUUUGGAGAGACCAGAGGCUACAUCCUGGAGGUGUAUGGGGCACACUUCGAGCUGCCUGACUUGGGACCCAUUGGAGCCAAUGGCCUGGCCAACCCACGUGACUUCUUGGUGCCCGUGGCGUGGUACGAGGACCGCCAAGUGCCAGGGGGCUACACAGUGAUCAGCAAGUACCAGGGCAAGCUGUUUGCAGCCCAGCAGGAUUACUCCCCCUACAAUGUUGUAGCUUGGCAUGGGAACUACACGCCAUACAAAUACCACCUGGAAAAAUUCAUGGUCAUUAAUGCUGUUGCUUUUGACCACGCGGAUCCUUCCAUCUUCACUGUCCUGACAGCCAAGACCACCCGUGCUGGAGUGGCGCUCGCUGACUUUGUCAUAUUCCCCCCGCGAUGGGGGGUAGCCAACAACACCUUCCGCCCUCCCUACUACCACCGGAACUGUAUGAGCGAGUUCAUGGGGCUCAUCAAAGGCCACUAUGAAGCAAAGGAGGAAGGUUUCCAGCCGGGAGGUGGCAGCUUGCACAGCAUGAUGACCCCUCACGGGCCAGAUGCUGACUGCUUCGAGAAGGCGAGCAAAGCCAAGCUGGAGCCGGAGCGGGUCGCAGACGGGACCAUGGCCUUCAUGUUUGAAUCAUCCCUCAGUCUUGCUGUCACAAAAUGGGGCCUCCAGACCUCAAAUCGCCUAGACAAAAACUACUACAAGUGCUGGGAACCUCUGAAAAGCCAUUUCAACCCUAAAUGCAAGUAAAGGGAAGUGCUUUCUGCAUGCAACAUGAGUGAAGGCAGGGAAAUCCAGCAUACCUGCAUGUGAUGGCACAGUCAACUCGGGCAGUGCAGAAUGCUCCAGCACAGACUGGCACUUCCACCAGCUACUGAGCCACGAAAAUGAUCAUCCCUAAGUAACCUGGGAAAUGCAGUAGAACCCAUCAUUAUUCUUAUCUUUCAAGUAUCCAAUUAAAGCUUUCCUGGUGACAUGUUGAAGCUGAAAUACUUGUGUGGCUCUCACCACAUGGACCUGGUGUGAAAGCUGCACCUUGUGUGGACAUGAGGUGCUAGCUAGCUCCCAUUCACAGGGCCUCCUGAAAAUACACCCCAGUGUAUCUCUCCCAGGGAGAAGCUAGGGACUGACAAAGCAUUGUAUGCUGUCUGUAUGGGAAGAGCUUUAUAAACAGAGCUGAAGGCUCUACCAGGCCUAAGCCCACCAUCAGAGCAAGCCACUUAACCUGUUCAUCAUGGAGGGCUGCCAAGGAAAGACUUGGUUGUCAGGAAAGUAGACCACCAAUGAAAAAAGGUGGGAAAAUCCAAAGCACUUCACUGCUAGGUGAGGGAAAGUUUCUAUUCCACACUCUGGCCAUCCUGCAAUAUUGACUUGUUUGUCAACACUUGACAAAUUCUCUCCCUAGCUCUGUGCUAAUCUGCAGCAUAGCAAAUGUGAAAGGGCUUCUCUGGCCAGUCCAAGCAUUUGUCCUGGGGAAGGUACCUGGAAAAAAAUUCAACUGCAGACACCAUGGGGGACCUCAACAUUGAGUGGAGUACGCAAGCCUCAUCCCCAGCUGGUGAAUUCCACAAGGUGGAGGGAGCAAGCAAAGUUCCCAAGUAGGGAACCAGGAGCACAGCCCAGGCACCCCACACUUCAGGCCUGUACUUUAGCACAUACCCACGUGGAAGUUUCUAAACCAUGUGCCACCAGAUCUAAGUUUCUUACUUCCCCAGAGAAGCAAAUUUUCCCAAAGAGAAGAAAAUGCAGACCUGUGACACACAGUUAUCAGUCAGUUACAUCCAUCAUCAGUUUUGGAUCUGCACAGGUCCUUGGGGAAAAAAAAGGCAUCAGCUUUGAGCAAAGUAUUAUAAAAUCUACACGGAGACGUUUACUCUAAAAUAGCCAAUUCAGAAAAGGACAUUUGGGAGAAUCAAUUUGCCAGAGAAGCUGAUUUAAUCAGACUGAUCCAGGGAUAAAUGAGGUCUAAAUGUUUCACAGGCAGAGGGGAAGAGCAUGUUUUCUGUUUGGAACCAAAAUUAUCAUCCAGUGACCUCAGGCUUGAAUUUCUCUCGUACAGACACAUGACCAAAGCAUAUAUGGGUGGUAACACAUCAGCCAAGGGUAAAAUUCCACAAGGCACAUUCACUUUCCUACCACCACCCUAGAUAUCUGAAGGGAAACCUCUUUCCUUCCUCACUGCACCCAGCACCACUGCCCCAAACAUCAACCCCACCUCCAGCAGCAUAGCAUGCUCAUUCCUAGGAAGAAAACAGCUUGGAGAGUUCUGGAAAUAACAAGAGAGAAAAGUAGGGCAGCCUUUCCCCAAGCACCAUGCCCUAAUCUGCAGGGAUAUAGCAUCAGAGACUCAGGGCUGGAAAGGAAAGGGCUGUGGCAGGUGCCACAAGCAUCAAUCCAACGCUGCCCUAAAAGACCAGAGGCACUGUGCUCAUCCACAACCCAUCCCGAAGCAUUUGCUCAGCUGGCCUGAAACAAAUACAGCUGCAAGGGAGAAUUUACAUGUGUGGCAACUCAAGUUCCAAUUAGCUGAGGAAAUGGGUCCUGGGAGAUCAAAUUAGUUUGUGGCAGCAAGAAUAGCUAAUUUAGCAUGCUCAGACAAGCAAUUAUUUCUUUCCCUAAAUACCACUCUCUCCAUGCACUGAUGCCUCUUUGCACUGGUCCACAGCUCUAUCUUGUAAUAUCAUUUGUGACAGUCUUUUAGGAGCUAUUCUGCAGAGAAUAAUACGGGUUUGCUUUAGUUAAACUAGCAGAACAAGCUGCAGAAACUGAUGCAAAAGGGUUGCUGGGAGCACAUAUGGGAUUGCAAAACCUAGCACUGACUAGUCCAGUUUCUGGACAGCAUUAGUGCCAAGCUCCAUGCAGCCUGAAUGUUUCAUGGCCCACCCAAGAAGAGCUGCAAUAGGAAACGCUUUAAAAAAUUAAUUUAAAAAACAAAAACCAAACCAAAAUCAAACCAACCAACCAAACAAACAAAAAAAAAACCCCAAACAAACAACAAAACCCCACGCAAACAAAAAAAAAAUCCCCCAAGCAACAAACCCACCAUCAAAAAGAACCCACACAGUGAGAGUGAUUUUAUUGUGAGGGUGACUGAGCAUGGGCACAGGUUGCUCAGGAAAGUUAUGGAGUCUUCAUGUCUAGAGAUACUCAAAAGCUACCUGUAAAUACAUGGUCCUGGACAACCCACUUUAGACAGCCCUACUCGAGCAGAGGGCAAGACCCAGAUGACCUCCAGAGAUCCCUUCCAACCUCAGCCACUUAGUGAUUAUGUGAAAAAGCUCAUCAAUUCACUCUGCUGGAGACUGACUGCAAAUGGCCCACAUUUACAUCUUCAUCAUGCAGGAAAAGAAAGGAUGCAGUAGACCUGUUUUUGCUGACUUCACACUGGCUGCUUUCCCAGCAGGCAAAGGGAAGUUUUCAACUUUUGUAUCAGACUGAGCUUCUGGUGUGAACCUCAGUGUCUGGGAAGAAACCAGUUCCAUAACCUCUGAAGAAUGAGGGUUGUUUGGAUCAUGAUGGCACCUACUGGCCAUGUAAAAAUUCAAGUAUGCAUCAAAAAUCUUUUCUUUGCACUCAUACCUCAGUACACUGGCAGUAACAAUUCCAGAGUCCUCUAUACCAGUUGAUCUGGGCAGAAAGAACUUGUGUUCUUAUAAGAUUAAACAGAAAAGGCAUCAUUGCAGGCAUAAGAUUCAGUUAUGCUUGGUGGUGGAUUUUUUUUUUUUGGAACAUAGCCCGCUUACAGGGAUGAAUUCUCCCGUACUACAAGAUAGUCAGUGUCAAAGUAAAACUCCUAAUCUUGUAGUUCUGGUCUCUCAUUCACAGGAACCACAGAACUGGAAAUUCUGGUUACAUACAGCAUGACAACAUUGAGCCCACUAUUUCCAAAUCUCUUACUAGUAAAAAAUAAAAGUUUAUUACAGUAAACAAACACACAGUUUAGGCUGGUAGUUCAUCCGGGAAAAGAAAAAUUACCUCAAUUUAUUGAGAGCAGUCAGGCAGACUCCUAAGUUCUUAAAAAUGUAUCAUACAACUUGCCUAUUAUCCAGCUAGGGCAAACCACAGAGCCAAGGUGACACCAAGAAGAAACAUCUGGAAGGCAAGCAGUAGUUCCUUUAGGAAACUGCUUUGGUCUUGCUUAGCAUUUUAGCAUGCUAGUAAUUUUAAACUUCAACCUUCCUGGACAACAGCAACUUCCAUGGUUUAAAAAGAUCCUCGG